CCCUGCGGCGCCCGGCUUUCGGAGCCCGGGGGCGGCCUGUGGCGCGCGGAUCCCGCGCCGGGCUGCGCCUCUUCGGACCUUGAAGGGAAACAUGCGUUUGGCUUGGAUCGUUUUCAGUUCUUAGUUUGGGGUCCCCGCCCGCUUGCUUCUUCCGCCCCGCGGGUUUUCUGGUUUUUUUCUUCUUCCCCCCCCUUCGCCUUUUUUCCUUUUCUUCCUCCGGGUCUCCGUUUUGACUCCUUCCCCCUUUAUGCUCGCCCAGCCCUCCCCCCGCUGCUGAGAAGUGGGGGAGGGUCUCGGCCUCCCAAGUUCCCGCCCCACCGGGGCCCGGGCGAGCAUGGGGGGCAAGCAGAGCACGGCGGCCCGCUCCCGGGGCCCCUUCCCGGGGGUCUCCACGGAUGACAGCGCCGUGCCCCCGCCGGGAGGGGCGCCUCACUUUGGGCACUACCGGACGGGCGGCGGGGCCAUGGGGCUGCGCAGCCGCUCCGUCAGCUCGGUGGCGGGCAUGGGCAUGGACCCCAGCACGGCCGGAGGGGUGCCCUUUGGCCUCUACACCCCCGCCUCCCGUGGAACCGGCGACUCGGAGAGGGCACCUGGUGGUGGAGGGUCCGCGUCUGACUCCACCUAUGCCCAUGGCAAUGGUUACCAGGAGACCGGCGGCGGUCACCAUAGAGACGGGAUGCUGUACCUAGGCUCCCGAGCCUCGCUGGCGGAUGCUCUACCUCUGCACAUCGCACCCAGGUGGUUCAGCUCGCACAGUGGUUUCAAGUGCCCCAUUUGCUCCAAGUCUGUGGCCUCUGAUGAGAUGGAAAUGCACUUUAUAAUGUGUCUGAGCAAACCUCGCCUCUCCUACAAUGAUGAUGUGCUGACUAAAGAUGCUGGUGAGUGUGUGAUCUGCCUGGAGGAGCUGCUUCAGGGGGACACGAUAGCCAGGCUGCCCUGCCUGUGCAUCUAUCACAAAAGCUGCAUAGACUCGUGGUUUGAAGUGAACAGAUCUUGUCCAGAACACCCUGCGGACUGACCCUGCUGGGCUUGCUUGCCGACUCCUCUCAAAGGCUUAUUUUAUUUAUUCCAAGUAAAUGCCCAGAACAGCUGAUGAUGUCAGACAAAUCAGGGACAUUUGCUCUUUUACCUUCACCUCAAAGUCUGAUGGCAAGGGGAGAAGAAAAAGCAAGGGUGAGAGUGAGGCAGAGGGAGUGGAUCCUGGCCACGAAGUGCAGGUUCCUGUCACGAUGCUUGGCCUCUGGGGGGCCUGCCCGGACCGAACCACAGACUCCCCCUUCAGCCUGCCCUGGCUGGGGCACGCUGCCACCGUGGGAUGCAGCGGCACACUGCCCCUGGCCAGAUGGAGCACGACUGACUUCUUCCGACCCACACAGGGACAGACAGCCCCUGUUCCUUGGAGGAGGCUCCUCGGACACUGGACAGAGCUGAGCUUGGGACCCCAGAGGGAACAGGGCACCCCUUCUGCACUGACUUCCAGAAAAUGGCCCUCCCUCCUCCCCGAGGACAUCCAGGUGGAUGAGAGCGAGUCUGAGAGAAGAGUGAAUCAACUGCUAUCUUUCCCCUCACCCUCAGUCCUGGAGGGAAAGGGCAUUUUCUUUUUCACCUUUGAAAGGCAUUGUGGGUCUGUCUUUAAAGUGUUUACAACAAAAAAUUAUAUAAAAAAAAGUCUAGUGUCGACUGGUGUUUUCCCUCGUGAUGUUUACAGAUUGCUGUUUGCUGCCCAGCUAUAACCCACUCAGUGACAGAACCAAGCAUAGCCAUGUCCUUGCUGCUAGCAUUCUGACCACAGGCGGGCACACAGUCCCUUCCUUUGCCCAGCACCCAGUUGGCUCCCUGCCUCACCAACCUCUUUACCUUGGGGUCUUUUUGUUUGUUUGUUUGUUUUGUUUUGUUUCCAUUUUUCUGGCUUGGUUUUGCACUUUUCUCCCCUAAUGACCCUGAUAUCUUGAUUUCAUUGCCAAAAAAACACACAUCAAGGACUUUCUCCACUUCCUUUGUCAAGUCUUCCCUUUUCUUUCCCCCUGGUUCUGGUCAAUUCAGAGGAUUUAACAACCACAAGUGUACUGCAAAAAUACCUGAACAUUCUUCUUAGGCCCUUGUGGAUUCUUUUUCCCUCCCAGAAAACUUAAACAAAAGACUUACUAAAGAAACAUAUACCACUACUCCUGUUUUCAGGCACUCUGAGAACAUUUUAGCCAUUGAUGUUCACACGUGGCAUCGUCCCAUGCAACAUAGAUUUCUGUAUUUAUAUAUUAAAAUACAAAAAAAAAAGACCUUACAAAAUGUUUAAAAAUGUUCAAAGCUUGGGAGAAAAACUUUCUUCAUUAGUCAAGGUGUUUUGAUAUGGUAUUAAAAUAAUGUCUAAUAAAAUAUGUACCGUGUGAUUUUAUUUUAAUGAAGUAUUGUUAUACAAUCAAAAAACAAGAGCAAAAGCUCAUGGUGUCCUGCAAUUAACCUCCUUAGCAUUCCUUCAGCUCACUGUUCCAUGCUGCAGGUGUGUGUGGUGAUUAAGGGGAAUUAGUGUUUCAGGUGUGUGUCCUAUAAGUUUACUCACUCUUAAACAUCAUGAAACCAAUCUGCCAUCAUCUGUGGAGUGGUCAUGAUGGAACUUUUCUGGAAAGAUGUACAGGGGCAAAAAAGUUGAAGUCACUGGAGGCGUCAAAGAUGUAGGUCCUUCCAGGUGUCAGCCCAGCCCCUCCCUCACAGCCGUUGCUCCCCAUCCCAUGUUCUGCCCCACCUGCCUGUUGCUCUGUCAGGUCCUCACAUCUCAAUGCUGACUCAUGGGCAUGCUUCACCAAGGCCCAGGAAGAGGCCCUGUUUUGGGGCUGAGCCAGCUCAAAGCAUUGAAAGCCGAAGCAGCCACUCAGGCUCUCAAAAGUUGGCGAACUGCAAGCUGGACAGGAAGCUCAGAGCACUGGCAGCAGCGCAUGCCUGGCCUCUGUCUCCCAGCCAGGCUCCAGGAGCAGCAUUCCAGGGCUGCCUGCAAAACCAGCCAAGGAGCACUCUGAAGGGAGACCACUCACACCUUCUGUGCCCUGCUCCUUCUGCUGAUGCCUCAGGGCUCAACCCCACCAGGGCCUGGAGUCUGGACUGUGCUGCCACCAGAGCCCCUGGCUCUGCAAUCACCUUCCCUUAAAGAGCCUCCUGAAGCACCUACUCUGUGCAAGGACAUUCGUUUGCAGGCCAGUGGGUACUUGUGAGCCAAGGCAGGCAAGCCUUGUUCAGAGAACUGAAGAAGAAUCUGUGUUUCGGAGUCUUUGAACCCACCUGGGGUGAAGACCCUAGGACCUAUCAAAGACAGUGGACAGAAUGUGGUCUUUGUCUGCACUUGAGUUUUCCACUUCUUGGUAGAAUGAACUUUGGGAAAUAACUUAAUUCAUCUGAACUUUAGAUACCUUGCAUGUGAAGUGGGGACGAAGUUAUGCAACCUAGAGGUCGCUGUGAGGGUCAGGGGAUUUGCCCUGAAGGCCUGGCACAUGCACAUCAGCCUUCCUGGUAGCUUUGUCACUGCAAAGGGCACUGUUCUAUUCACAGCACCUCCUGCUUCUGCCUGGCAACUGUGUCUCCCUGUUCUAUAUUUAAUUCCACCAGCAAGGCUCGUGGGGCAGGGCCCAGCCCUGAAGGAGAUCUCCUUGCCUGACCCUGGGCCUGGAAAUAGAGGCUUUGUGUGCCCACCUUGGUGGUGUGAGUCGUGUUUGUGAGUUGGCUGGGCGCAGGGCUGGGGCACAUGCUAGGUGCUAUUCCAGGCUCUAGGGAGUGGUGCUGUCUCCAGCCCUGGUGACUUCGGCUCCCACCUGGCACACAGAAGCCCUCUGCUGGCUGCUACAUCCUGGACUUACUUAGGCUUUCCAUGUGGAACGGGUGUUUGCCACCAUCCAUCCCAGCCUUCCGGAAUCUUGCAGUAGCCCUGCUCUUGUCUUUCUGGGAGGGAAGAGAACAUGGAGGAAUGGGGAGGUGGGUUUUGUCCUUUCUCUUUUUGGGGCCCAGCAUGCUUUCCUGGGCAGGAGCCCCUCUUGAAAACUAUCCAUCUAACAGCCAUUUAAUAAUACUGAGGUCACAGGAGAAUGUUCUUUUCUUAGGAGAUACAUGCUAAAGUAUACAGAUGAAUGAUUUCAAGAAAUGUAUAAUCUAAUUCCAAAUGUUUCCCCCCCCCAAAAAAAAA